CUUCUGAAUUGAGUGUUUAUUUUAGUAACAUCUUUGGGCGGCAUGGAAUCUCAUCCACACAAUUCUGAAGAUGACGACGUCUUUGACUUUUCUAACCUGGAAGUGACCCAUGUCAAUGAUGGCCACAAUGAAGGGUACAAAGAGGGAUUGACUCUGGGAAAAGAAGAGGGUCGACAAGUGGGUCUCAAGCACGGAUUCCAAAUCGGCGAAGAACUUGGUUUUUACAGAGGCUGUGUUGAUAUAUGGAAGUCCGCAUUCCAGCUUGAUCCGGCUUGCUUCUCCUCAAGCUCAAGGGUUCAGAAGAGUAUAUAUCAGAUGGACGAGUUAGUGAGAGAUUACCCACUAAUGGACCCAGAAGAGGAGACGGUCAACGAAAUUAUGGACUCUUUAAGGCUGAAGUUUAGGUCAAUUUGCGCGACAUUAAAUGUGAAGUUGGAGUAUAAUGGGUACCCCAAAGCUGUGGACGCCAAAAACGUUGAGUUGUUUUGAAUAAAGGAUGCCAUCUACAAAUUCCUCACAGGCUGUUUUGUUUUUGUUUUUUCUUUCUCUCUUUUUUUGAGGGGUUUAGGGUUUGUGGACAGGUUUGUUGACUUAAGUGUUAUCUAGACAGUGGCUCUCUCUGUUUGUUUCAGAUUUUUUUAGUUUUACAAUUAAUGUUUCUCCUAUUCAAUGUGAAGUAUGUAGUUUUAGCAUUGUUCAUGUUUUUAUGUGAUUAGUAGUAGGCUGGGGGAUCUUCAUCCCAAGGCUUGGGUCUUUGGAGUUUUUUUUUAUUUUGAUUUUCAAUCCAGUGGAUAUAUGAAUCUUUUUUUUCACAU